GACAUGCGUGAAAGCAAGCUACGCUGUUUACGUUGCGUAACCUGCCUCCGUCUGAGCGCGCGGUGCGUAACAAAGCGCGCGGGUUUCUUUUCGGGAAUGUCAGCGACACUACGCAAUAUAUUUCCACAAUAAUUGCGUAGGCUCGCGUUUAUCUAAACUAAACGGCCUUUUUUAAAAAGAAUGGCAUCUUUUUACAUUUGUGAUUACGUUUCUAUUCUGACGUUCAGCUCCAAAAUCGUACUGUAUACUACCGUACUAAACUAAAUAGCAUGGAGAAUGUCAACACAGUUCAUACGCCACAGCGUUCGUUCUUCGUAGUACAGUAGUAUGCAGUCAGGCUGAAUCCCAAAUAACGACAUGCUCCCUAUUUGAGUGCACUACGUCCUCUGUUUCCGUGUAUGCAUUGUUUCUACGUCCUUCCUAGUGCCCUAGGUGUCCAUUUGUGAUUCCGCCACCCCUGCCGUGUCAAACCGUAGCCGGUCAAGCUAACGUUAGUUAGCUCGGCGAAAAAAUAAGUACAGCGCAGACGUUAUUGCCGCUUUUUUGUUGCCUUGUUAUUAUUAUUGAUGUUUUAACUGCGUUUUGUGUUGGCGUAUGAUUAAAUAUAGAACACAAAUAUUAAGUAUCUAUGUACGCCGUUGACCACAAGUGCUGCUAACUGGGCGCUUGAGAAUAAGGACUCCGAGGCUGUAACGCAGUGGUCGCCAUUUUGUGCGCUACCCGGAGGACCGGAGAGAGAGAGAGAGAGAAUAACGUUUUCAGUUUAAUAGGCGGAAAUAUCAUUAGUAGUGAUCUCCUGAUCGGGCGUGUGUGAGAUCAUCCACUCGUCCUCCCUCCGAUCGGCUGACGUUUCUCUGGUUGUGGACGAGAGCAGCUCCUCUGCUGAGUGCUGCUGGGGGAUCAUGAGCGCACUCAGAUAGGGAGGGGAGGGACUCCUGACCUAAGCAUGCAAACAGGAGCUCUCUUUUCGGGACUUCUCUCAGGACUUAAAAUCUUCACUUCUCUCAGGAUUAUUGUGGACUUCCUGUGGAUUUAAAAUGUGUUCGGCACAGUGGAUCUCGGGACACAUUUAUCUGAACUGGAGAUUUGAAAGCUAGCUGUUCUCAUGUUUUGGGAUUAGAGCAGUCCAUUUAAAAAAAAAAAAGUUUUCAGCCUCUUUUUUUUGUUCCUUUCGGUUUUGUUUUUUGGAGACAGGAACCUAUAAAUGGAUUACAAGAUGCAUUCCAAGUCCAAUGAUUUGCUGGAUUUUCAGACACUGGAUGCCCUUUUGGAAAAAAUUGCACAUUAUUCAGCAGCUGUAAAAAGAGAUCCCAGCGAGGAGUGCAAUGGAAUCGGCGGCACUCUCCCUGCAGAGGCCGCGCCCGGCUCGAGGCUGAACGAGUGGUGUCCCGUGGCCCCUCCUCCUCCUCCUCCACCUCCACCUGCCCCGGUGCCUGUGCUCCAUCCAACCAGUAUGGGUGACGGUCUGGACGCCGCACCGAUGUCAGGGAGCAGCAGCAGCAGUCAGGGGCAGCCCCAGCCCCAGUCUCAACCCGCUCAUACCUUCAACCCCCCUCCCCCAGAGGUCGCCAAUUCAUCACGGCCAAAGCGCCAGACCAACCAGCUGCAAUAUCUGCUCAAGGUGGUGCUCAAGACACUGUGGAAGCACCAGUUCUCAUGGCCCUUCCAGGCUCCCGUAGAUGCCGUCAAGCUUAACCUGCCUGACUAUUACAAGAUAAUUAAAAACCCUAUGGACAUGGGAACAAUCAAGAAACGGCUUGAGAACAGUUACUACUGGAACGCCCAAGAAUGUAUUCAAGAUUUCAACACCAUGUUUACCAACUGCUACAUCUACAAUAAGGCAGGGGAUGACAUAGUCUUAAUGGCCGAGGCACUGGAGAAACUGUUCCUCCAGAAAAUUUCGGAAAUGCCUCAGGAGGAGAACGAGAUUGCAGUCAUGACUCCCAAGGGCCGUGGUCGGGGCAGGAGGGACCCAGGGUUGAGCUUGAAGCCCCCCGGACCCGGCUUGGAUUCUCCGUCGACAACCCCUCAGACUCGUGGCAUUUCCAAUCACGGACCAGGGCCACAGACUAGAGGACCCGUACCAGGUCCUCCAGCUCUCCCUCCGCAGGUGGUUCUGCAGCAAGCUCUACCCCCUCGAGUUCCCCCUACGAUCCCUCAGCUGGCUCCGCCCUUUCCACUCGGCCCUUCAGACUGCAACCCUCCGAGCACCAUCAUGACCUCGGUGCCUCCCCCGACCCAGACUGCCCUUCCUCCCAUGCCCAUUCAACAGAGUCCUGCACCGAUGCUUCAGAGCGUCAUGCCUAAAGUGAGUCCUCAGAGAAUAAAGAGAAAAAGCCAGAAGAGGAAAGCAGACACGACGACCCCCACCGCCAACGACCAGCUGAGCGAGUCCUCUCCUGCCGAGUCCAAGUCGGGAAAGACUCUCCCUCGGCGAGAGAGCGUACGGCCGUCUAAACAGCCCAAGAAAGAAGCGCCGGAUUCCCAGCACCACCUCGGCUACAGCGCGCCCGCUGGCCCCAACAGCCCCAAACUGCUGGAGCAGCUGCGCUACUGCGCCGGCAUUGUGAAGGAGAUGUUCGCUAAGAAGCACGCCGCUUACGCAUGGCCUUUCUACAAACCGGUGGAUGUGGAGACUCUGGGACUGCAUGACUACCAUGACAUCAUCAAACACCCCAUGGACCUCACCACCAUCAAGGAGAAGUUGGACAGCAGACAGUACAGAGACGCGCAGGAGUUUGCUGCAGACGUGCGGUUAAUGUUCUCUAACUGCUACAAGUACAACCCUCCAGAUCACGAGGUUGUGGUGAUGGCACGCAAGCUGCAGGACGUGUUUGAGAUGCGGUUUGCUAAGAUGCCGGAUGAGGCCGAGGAGGUCUUUACCCCUGCUCCUGCCGCCGUGCUGCAUCCUGCGGCCCCUGUGAAGCCCCAGCCGCCCAUCGCCGCCGCCUCGUCCUCCGACAGCUCCAGCGACUCCUCGUCCGAGUCGGAAUCCUCCACCGAUGAUUCAGAGGAGGAGAGAGCUCAGAGGCUGGCGGAGCUCAAGGAGCAGCUCAAGGCGGUCCACGAGCAGCUGGCAGCCCUGUCUCAGCCCCAGACCAGCAAACCAAAGAAGAAAGAGAAGGACAAGAAGGAAAAGAAGAAGGACAAGCACAAAAAGAAAGCCAUCCCAGGACUGGACGAGAUCCUCGAGCCUCCUCCUGCUCUCCCAACGUCGAAGAGCAAGAACAAGAACAACAAAGAUCCUCAGCCCAAGAAGACCAAGAAGCCAAGUAAGAAGGAGGGCAUAAAGAACAACCGCUCCAUUCCUCCCCCUGGCACCGCACCUCCCACCUUGCAGCCUGUGCCUGGCCUCGACCCUGUGGAAGAGCUGACUCUGGGAGGGGCGCCAGGAUCCGCAGGCUUGGUGACUGCUGAGAAGUGUAAGCCCAUGUCCUAUGAGGAGAAGAGGCAGCUGAGCCUCGACAUCAAUAAGCUGCCAGGGGACAAGCUGGGACGCGUGGUCCACAUCAUUCAAUCCCGCGAACCUUCGCUCAAAAACUCUAACCCAGACGAGAUCGAGAUCGACUUUGAGACGCUAAAACCUUCCACACUGCGGGAGCUGGAGAGAUAUGUUUCAUCCUGUCUCCGCAAGAAGAAGAAACCUCCAGAAAAGACCAUGGAGACUAAGCCGAAAGGCUCGUCUUCAGACUCGGGGAGCAGCAGUGAGUCGAGCUCGUCUGACAGCGAAGACUCGGAGUCAGGAAUGGCCUCUAAAUUGAAGAAGAGAGGUCACUCUGUUAAAGAGGGGAAGAAAGGCCACCACCCGGUGAUAGCGCCAGGUAUCGUCCAGCCCCCGAUGCCCCUCCAGCCCCAGGCUCCGGUCUUACAGCCCACUGCUCAGCUAAAACAACAACAACAACAACAACAACAACAGCAGCAGCAGCAACAGCAACAGCAGCAGCAGCAGCAUCCGUCUCCUGCAGCGUACAUGGCUCCUCCGGUCACGGGGCUGGAGUCGUCCCAGAUGCUCGAGAACACGUAUGACUCUUUGCCACACUUCGGACAGCCCCUCAUGCACAUGCCCCACCACGCCAAUGACUCGUCCUCUCCUGCCCCGCCUCACCUCAACGCUCACACAGCAAGUGGCCCUGGGUCACCUGACACGCACCCCUUCUUAAACCAGCACCCCAUCCUCCCAUCCCCAGCACUGCACAACGCUAUGCCUCAGCAGCCUUCACGUCCCAGCAACAGAGCAGCGCCGCUCCCCGCCAAACCUCCACAGCCCACGCCUCCCCAGCAGCCCCUGCAGCUCCAGCCCCAGCAGCCCCCUCAACCCCCGCAGCACAUCUCUCACCACCUCCUGCACCCCCCUCAGCCCAUCCGCCAAAGGCCGCUGUCCCCUCCUACGCUCACCCCGCAGGGCCUGCUCUCCUCACAGCCUCCUCAGUUGCUGCUGGAGGAUGACGAGGAGCCAGUGCCCACCAUGCCCCUCAACCAGGUCCUGUACCUGCAGCACCUGCAGCAGGGUCGACAACAACAGCAACAACAGCAACAGCAGCAGCAGCAGCAGGUCCCGCUCAUGCAGACUCUCCAGGGCCGUCAGUCACAGCCACAGAGCCAGGCUUCCCUGCUGCAGACGGUGCAGGUGCAGUCACAGCUGCCUGUGCAGACGCAGCUGCCUGUCCCAACUCAGCCCCAGGCUGCUCCAGCGCACCAGCCCUCGCCGCAGAUGCCCCAGCACGCACCCAGACACAUGCAGCAAUCGCAGAGCCAGCAGCAGCAGCAACAACAGCAGCAGCUGGCUUUCUCACAAGGCCCAGUGCAGACCACGCAGACGCAGCCAGCGCAGCACAAGGUGGCCAUGACUCCCAAUAAAGCGCAGCAGCAGAUUAUUCAGCAACAGCAGCAGCAGCAUCCUUCUCCACGUCAACACAAACCUGAUCCCUACAGCGCAGGGCACCUGAGGGAGAACCCUUCUCCUCUUAUGAUGCAUUCCCCUCAGAUUUCCCAGUAUCCUCCUGUAGUCCAUCCGUCUCCUCCACAAAACCUCCAGCCCAAAAAGGAGCCGCAGCGAGGGCCACCAGCUCUCGGGCCACUGAAGGAGGAGAAGCAGCCGCCUUCACCUGUGAUGAGGAGCGAGUCCUUCAGCCCGCCCAUACGACAGGAACCACACAAACAACCUGAGAGCAAGACACACAUGCCAGGCCAUGGCCAGCAGAGGCCAGACAUGAAGCCUUUGGACACUUCUCGCCCCGUAAUCCGCUCCUCAGACCAGAGCGGUCCACCGCCCACCAUGCCGGACAAGGACAAGUUCAAACAGGAGCCCAAGACUCCUGUGGCUCCUAAAAAGGUACAGGAUGUGAAGCUGAAGAACAUGGGCUCGUGGGCCAGCCUGGCGCAGAGGUCCACAUCUACGCCGUCCUCCGCCGUGAAAUCGAGCAGCGACAGCUUCGAGCAGUUCCGCCGUGCAGCCCGGGAGAAGGAGGAGAGGGAGAAAGCGCUGAAGGCUCAGGCCGAGCAGGCUGAGAAGGACCGGCUGCGCAGAGAGCAGGAGAAACAGCGGGGUCGUGAUGAUGAAGAUUCGAUGGAGGUGGCUCGAAGGCCCCAUGAGGAGCAGCGGAGGCGCUCGGAGCACCAGCAGGCCCAGGCUCCUCCGCCACAACAGCAGCACCAGGCCCCGUCCCAAACACCGAACCAACAGCCCCAGACGCCGUCCGCCACGCAGCCAUCACAGGCUCCCCCUCAGUCUCCGGCCUCCAGCCAGAGCGCCCUUGACCAGCAGAGAGAGAUAGCACGUCGCCGCGAGCAAGAGAGGAGGAGGAGAGAGGCGAUGGCAGCUACCAUUGACAUGAAUUUCCAAAGUGAUCUGAUGGCUAUCUUCGAGGAGAACUUGUUUUGAAAUGCACGAGGAGGCACGAGAGACUGCAAAAAAAACAAAACAAAAACAAAACAAAACCGAUAACGGAUUCCUCUGCAUAGAGAAAAACGGACUGAUGAAGCAGUAAGGGAAUUUAAAAAAAAAAUAAUAAAAAGACCCCAACUGAGAGCAUGAGAAAAGCGCCGCAGAGGCAGAGAUGGCACUGGGCGAGCUGAGGCCUUGACAGGACGCCCCCUGUAGCCUUAGCGGGGGAAAAAAGAGAGACCCUCGAGCUGGGACAUCAUUGCCUCUCUGGCAUUAUUCCUGGAUUUAAACCCAUAUAAGUAGCAGGAAGGAGAAGACGUUUCCUUGGGGCACUCUUUCGCACGUGUGGGAGCAACGCUUUGGACCUUGAUAUCAGUGGAAGUAUAUCUAAGUGACAGCAGUUUAAACGUACUGAUUUACCCGUAGUAGGUUGUUCAUCAACUGCCAGAUGUGUGAGGGGUAUUGGUUUUUUUUUUUUUUUUUUUUUUUUUUUUUUCUCCUUUCACUUUUUUCUUUUUUUUCUUUUCUUUUUUUUUUUUUUUUUAAAAAAACACAAGCAAGCGAUUUAUGCUAACAACUCAUGAUCAUAGCGUGGUAUCUCAGGUGAGGAGGAGGUACAUGCCAACCUCACCAUACACAACAUUCACCAACCAGGGGUAUGAACAACAACAACAAAAAAUACACCCAAACACACAAGUGUUAUCACUUUCUUUUCUUUGUUUUUCCAUUAUGUAGGAUCUACUGUAAAAAAAAUUUCUUAUUUUCAUAAAGAUUACUGUUGUGUUUUUUUUUCUUUUCUUUUCUUUUUUUUUUUUUUUUUUUUUUUGAACCUUCUUAACAACA